AUGCUGAGUGGAACGGCUGGGGCUACGCGGCGUGGAGCAGCGCUCGCUCCCUCUCGCUCGCUUGCAGGGACACACGCAGGGGCUGACAGCUGUGCUGGUGCUGAUAAGGGAAGCCACAAGGAGACGAUCGAGGAGAGAGACAAGCGGCAGCAGAGGCAGCGGCGGCAGCAGAGGCGGCUCCAGGGCUUUGGAGCUGCUGGGGAGGGAGUGACGCCCCCACCUCAGGGCCCCCACCCUGUCCCUGUCCUCCUCCCGCUUGCCCUGAGUUUAGAAGAACAGCCUCUGCCACUGCCCGCACCGGGGCUGCUGGCCAGGGAGGGACAGGGGCAGCAAGCUCCGGCCAGUCCCAGCAGCCGGGGACAGAUGCCGAUCGAGAUUGUGUGCAAAAUCAAAUUUGCUGAGGAGGAUGCGAAACCCAAGGAGAAGGAGGCAGGGGAUGAGCAGAGCCUCCUGGGGGCUGCGCGGGGGGCUGCAGCCCCCCGGGACCUGGCCACCUUCGCCAGCACCAGCACCCUGCACGGGCUGGGCAGGGCCUGUGGUCCGGGCCCCCAUGGACUGCGCAGAACCCUGUGGGCACUGGCCCUACUCACCUCAUUGGCAGCUUUCCUUUACCAGGCAUCCAGCCUGGCCCGGGGCUACCUCACCCGUCCUCACCUGGUGGCAAUGGACCCUGCUGCCCCAGCCCCAGUGGCAGGCUUCCCGGCUGUCACCCUCUGCAAUAUCAACCGCUUCCGGCACUCGGCACUCAGCGAUGCCGACAUCUUCCACCUGGCCAAUCUGACAGGGCUGCCCCCCAAAGACCGGGAUGGGCACCGUGCGGCCGGCCUGCGCUACCCAGAGCCCGACAUGGUGGACAUCCUCAACCGCACUGGCCACCAGCUUGCCGACAUGCUCAAGAGCUGCAACUUCAGUGGGCACCACUGCUCUGCCAGCAACUUCUCUGUGGUCUAUACUCGCUAUGGGAAGUGCUACACCUUCAAUGCGGAUCCACAGAGCCCACUGCCCAGCCGGGCGGGAGGCAUGGGCAGCGGCCUAGAGAUCAUGCUGGACAUUCAGCAGGAGGAGUAUCUGCCCAUCUGGAGGGAGACAAAUGAAACUUCGUUUGAGGCUGGCAUCCGGGUGCAGAUCCACAGCCAGGAGGAGCCACCCUACAUCCACCAGCUGGGCUUCGGCGUGUCCCCAGGCUUCCAGACCUUUGUGUCCUGCCAGGAACAUCGGCUGACCUAUCUGCCUCAGCCCUGGGGUAACUGCCGGGCAGACAGUGAGCUAUGGGAGCCGGAGCUCCAGGGUUACUCAGCCUACAGCGUGUCAGCCUGCCGCCUGCGCUGUGAAAAGAAGGCCGUGUUGCAGCGUUGCCACUGCCGGAUGGUGCACAUGCCAGACUCCCUGGGUGGGGGAUCUGAGGGCCCGUGUUUCUGCCCUACCCCUUGCAACCUGACCCGCUACGGGAAAGAAAUCUCCAUGGUCAGGAUCCCCAACCGGGGCUCAGCCCGGUACCUGGCAAGGAAGUACAACCGCAACGAGACCUAUAUACGGGAGAACUUCCUGGUCCUAGAUGUCUUUUUUGAGGCCCUAACCUCUGAGGCCAUGGAGCAGCGUGCAGCCUAUGGGUUGUCAGCCCUGCUGGGUGACCUUGGGGGACAGAUGGGCCUCUUUAUUGGGGCCAGCAUCCUGACAUUGUUAGAGAUCCUCGACUACAUCUAUGAGGUGUCCUGGGACCAACUAAAGAGGGUAUGGCGUCGCCCCAAGACCCCUGUGAGGACCUCCACUGGGGGCAUCUCCACCUUGGGGCUGCAGGAGCUGAAGGAACAGAGUCCCUGCCCUAGCCGUGGCCAUGCUGAGGGCGGCGGGGCCAGCAGCUUGCUCCCCAACCACCACCACCCCCAUGGCCCGCCAGGAGGCCUCUUUGAAGACUUCGCUUGCUAG